AUGCAUAUUAAAGUUAAUCAUGGGUUAGAAAAAUCAUUGAAUAAUUAUCGUUUAAAAUAUAUUCAUCAUUUAAACUAUUGGAGAAAUAUUCGAAAAACAAAUUAUUGGAUAACGUUUGAAAAUCCUUUAUUUGAGAAUUAUGUUAGUCUAACAAAUGACUAUCAGUUUAAUUCAAAAUCUAUUCUUCUUGAAAAUAUUUCAUCGCCAACGGAAUCAACAGAUAGUGGAAUACAAAUAUCUAGCGAACGAACAAUAAUAAUGGACGAGGAAAUAAAUCUUCCAUUAGGUUGGGAACGUUUUGAAGAUGAACAAGGUAUUUAUUAUUGGCAUAAAAUUACUGGCACUGUAACACGAGAUCGACCUGAAUCAAUGAUAAAUUCCCCGUCAUUAACCCUUUCGUCAUCAUCGAACGAUACAUGUUUUGAAAUUAAUGCAUUAUUAAAUAAAAGUGAAUCUGAUAUUUCCAUUUCAACAUUGGAUAAGAAUUCUGAACAACAUCGUUUCUAUGUACAUUCACUUGGUUGGACAAGUAUAGAUGAAGAAGAUUUAACAAACGAGAAAACUAGUCAAUCUGUCAAUCGUUGUAUUUACGAAUUAACCAAUGGAAUCAAUGAUUCAAUUAGUCGUUGGGGUGAUGGUAAAGAUCUUUAUAUGGAUAUUAAUAAUACAGAUAUACUUUUAAUCGAUCCUAUUGAAAUGACUAUUAUACAUAAACAAUCAAUACCAUCACUUCGAGUUUGGGGUGUCGGAAGAGAAAAUUCAAGAGAUUUCGCUUAUGUUGCAAAAGAUAAAAGUCGUUCCACAAUUGCUUAUAAAUGUCAUGUAUUUCGUUGUGAUAAUACAUCGGCAAGAAUAAUUGCGAAUACACUACGUGAUGUAUGCAAAAACCUGAUGAUUCAACGUGGCUUAUUAAAUCAUACAACGGAAUCUUCAAAUGAUGGAAUGUUAAUACAAAAACGGCCAACAUCAUUUCCUGUAUCAAUCGAGAGUGAUAUUACAAAUUCACAAUUUCCAACACCUAUGGAAGAACAAAAGAAUAAUUUGCCAUGUAAAUAUUUAGGUUGUACAUUAGUUGAAAAGCCAGGUGGAAUGAAUAUUCUACGACCAGCGAUUGAAAAAAUAUACAUGACUAUACCAGAAGAUAAAUGGGUUCCAGUUAUAGUCAAAAUUUCACCCACCUCAAUCGUUGUUUGUUCUGAUGAUGAUUUCAAAGAACAGUUAAUCGAUUGUCGUAUUCGUUAUCUUUCGUUUCUCGGCGUUGGACAUGAUAUUCGUUUUUGUGGAAUAAUUGUCCACUGUGCAGAUAAUUCCUUUAAAUGUCAUGUAUUCAAUUGUCAACCAUCAUGUGUUCAACUAUGUAAAAAUAUAGAAGCUGCUUGUAAAUUACGUUAUCAAAAAUGUCUCGAUGCUCAUCCGCAGCCAAUUAAAUCGGUUGAAUCACCUAAAAGUUACGGUGCACAAAUAAAAAGUUUAGUUGAAUCUUUCUGGCUUGGAAUUAAAUAA